AUGCAUUCAAAUACUCAGCAGUCCAUUUACUUGGAUGGAAGUAGCUUAACGACACAACAACUUGUCCAGCUUGGCAAGGGGACCUACAAAAUCAAGCUUGCCACUGAUGUUGAAAGAAGGGUCAACAAAUCACGGGACCUGGUGGAAAGAAUCGUCAAGGAAGGGCAAGUUGUUUACGGAAUAAACACGGGCUUUGGGAGGUUUGCCCGGACAGUUAUUGCCCCAGAUAAACUCGUGGAGCUCCAGGAGAAUAUUAUACACUCCACUGCUGUAGGUGUGGGCAAACCCCUCUCUCCAGAGAGAUGCCGGAUGCUGCUGGCUCUCAGGAUCAAUGUCCUCGCCAAGGGUUACAGUGGAAUCUCCUUGGAGACCCUCAACCAAAUGAUCCAGGCCUUCAAUGCUUCCUGCCUGUCCUUUGUGCCAGAGAAGGGAACUGUUGGGGCCAGUGGAGAUCUCGCUCCUCUGGCUCACCUUGCCCUCGGACUGAUGGGUGAAGGGAAAAUGUGGUCGCCAAAAAGCGGCUGGGCUGACGCUAAGGAUGUUUUACAAGCUCAUGGGCUCCAUCCGAUUUCACUGAAACCUAAAGAGGGGCUGUCGCUGAUCAACGGGACACAGAUGAUCACGUCGCUGGGCGCUGAGGCAAUGGAGCGAGCCGUGGCCAUCGCCCGCCAGGCGGACAUCAUCGCCGCACUCACGCUGGAGGUUCUCAAAGGCACCACCAGAGCCUUCGACAGCGAUGUCCACAAGCUGAGACCACACCAAGGACAGAUGGACGUAGCUGCUCGAUUGAGGUCACUCUUGGACUCCGACGUUCAUGCAUCUGAGAUAGCAGGGAGCCACAGGUUGUGUGAUCGUGUUCAGGAUGCCUACACCCUCCGGUGCUGUCCGCAGGUCCAUGGGGUGGUAAACGACACGAUUGCUUUUGUGAAGAAUAUUCUGGUGACUGAAAUGAACAGUGUUACCGAUAACCCUAUUGUAUUUGCAGAGAGAGGGGAGAUUAUUUCAGGUGGAAACUUCCAUGGCGAAUAUCCUGCUAAAGCUCUCGACUACCUGGCCAUCGCGGUUCACGAGCUGGCUUCCAUCAGCGAGAGGCGCAUCGAGAGGCUGUGUAACCCGUCCCUGAGCGAACUGCCUGCCUUCCUGGUCAAAGAGGGUGGCCUGAACUGUGGCUUCAUGGUGGCGCACUGCACUGCUGCUGCAUUAGUGUCUGAGAACAAGGUUCUGUGCCACCCGUCAUCAGUGGACUCGCUGUCCACCAGCGCUGCCACAGAGGACCACGUCUCCAUGGGCGGAUGGGCUGCCAGGAAAGCACUGAUGGUCAUCGAGCAUGUCGAACAAGUGCUUGCUAUCGAACUCCUCGCCGCCUGCCAAGGUCUUGAGUUUGUCCGUCCCCUACGUACAACACAACCUUUGGAGAGAGUCCACCAACUCGUCCGCUCACUGGUGAAGCCCUUGGUUAAAGAUCGAUUCAUGGCUCCAGACAUUGCGAUCGUCCAGAAGCUGCUGACCGAAGAGCAGGUGUGGCAAACUGUACAGCCGUACAUGCAACUCUACAAACUAGCUCACGCCCCACAAUAA